ACGACGAAACAGUUAUUCUUCAGUUCAAACCGACUCUUUCCUUGAAAAUAAACGGAUUAAAUAGUGCUGCAGUUACGUUGCUGUGCCUAAAGCCAGAGGCGCCGGACUGUUACCGCUGCACCAUUUAAGGUGGAACGGGAAAAUUCGUUAAACUGUGAAAAGUUAUUCGAAAUCAGACGUCGUUAGACUGCGGGUAUGAACUGAGUGGGGAGUCGGUUCGACCGAUUAAAGAACUGGUUCAAGAACUGAUUCAUCUACGUGCCGUCGGUCCACGUCGUUGGAGAGAAAGGUGUAUAAACUGUUUCUGUCGCCAGGAGGAUAACAGUAAACUUGAUUUGUCGUUUUCCUGUCGAACAGCCACCGGUUGCUAACCACCGAGGGAAUGGCUCUUUCCAAACCUGCUCCAUUGGCAAGAAGCAGGAGAUUAUAUGAUCAACACUUUUGGAUCGAAACUUGUACAUUUGGAGAGCAGCCUAGAAGAUGUAUGAACAAAACUAAGAAGGAGCAACAAAAAGAUGCGAUUUUGCAGCACGUAUGUGCUCUGUUAAACUCUGGGGGUGGAAUCCUUUCAGCAGGGUUUGAAAAUAAAGACUAUGAUUACGAAACUAUGGGUCUCGGGGCGGAUGUAGAGGAGCAUUUGACCAAGUUGCUGCAUCCCUCAGUUAUUGAGGAUUUUAUUGAAUUCACAACACAUGGUAAUACAUUACAGCUCUUUGUGAAGUCAUGGUGUUCGGACACUCAAAGAGCAAAGCUCUGUAGUAUCGACAGUGGCCUAAGGGAGAGAUCAGGAACGUCCACUCCUUCCAUUAUUCCUAAUGGAGUUUUAGACUUCAUAAAGAAGAAACACAAAGGUCCUUCCUAUUUUGCACGUUGUGCAAAGAGACCAAAGCUGCCACAGAAAGCUGAAGAUUUUUAUGAUGAUGAGGUGGCACAGCUCAAUCAGGUAUUAGAUUUUGGUGAAAGUGUAAAUGUUGAGUUCAAAAGCUUUGACAGUGAAACACAUCUGGGGAAGAGGCUAAAGGAGAACCUUCCUAAGUACCUUUCAGCAUUUGCAAACACUAAAGGGGGAUUCCUGUUCAUUGGGGUUGAUGACAAAACCAAAAAAGUCGUUGGCUGUGGUCAGGGAAUGAACAGCCAGGAUAUAGAACAGAUGGUCCUAGACAUUUGUAGAAGAGUAAGGGCUCGGGCUGUUCAUGUCUUAGACUGUGUGAAAAAAAUGGCCUGGUCCGUGGAUUCUAAAGUUUUCAGAGUUGAGAACGGCAGCAUUGAGGAACCUCGAUAUAUUAUUGCAUUAAAAGUCCACGCCUUUUGCUGUGCCGUGUUUGAAGAGGAUCCAAAAUGCUGGCAUGUUGAGGGGGAUAAAAUCGCAAGAAUAGAUGCAAGCAGUUGGUUGGGGAAAAUGCAACUUUCUGAUCCAGAUCAUGACCUGAUCAAACGUUUUGAGAGUGUGUUAAGUCUAAAGGAUUCCCCCCCUCAGUGCAGACCUGUCUACAGCACUCAAAACAUUGCAAAGCUCCAGGAGAAAAUAUUCUCUGUUCAGGGGGAAAAAAUCACCAUAAAGCGUGAGUUCAUCCCACAGGACGUUUUUGUGAAGUACCCGAGCUUGUUAAAUCUUCACCCCAUUCUGUCAAAGAAUGGACCUGGAAUUUUAGUCAUGUCUACAAGCUGGGCUGUUGAUGUCAACUUACCACGAAACAAGGCUGUCAUCUGUGAAGCCCUGUUGGUCACUACUGACCAUUAUCCCACACUGUUCUCAUGGGUUGAAAGUGGAAUUCCUGAACUCUGGCAGUAUGUUAGCAAAACAGCGUUUAAUAUCAAGCAGAAGCUGGUGAAUCUAGGAGGAUAUACAGAAAGACUUUGUGUGAUCCCCCAUCUGGUGGACUGUCAGACAGGAGAGCUGAUACUAAAUGAGGCCGAUGGUGGGCCUCCAUAUCCAGAGAGUUACAUUUUGGGUGAUGUUCAGGAAGUAGUGGCCUUACUGCAGUCCCUAGCUAUAGUUGUGUUGAGUUUCACGUCACCACUGAGCGACACACUCGGCUGCGAGUUUUUCAAUCUGUUAACAGAGGAGCAGUUUUCCAUCCUAUGUGGCUACACGGGCAUCAAACGUCUGUUCAUCCAUGGGCCUCCUGGGUCAGGAAAGACCCUGAUUGCCAUGGAGAAAAUACAGAGGAUACAAAAAUCUGAGAGCUGUGAGAUAAAGGAUAUCCUGUAUCUCUGUGAAAACGUGGGAUUGAGAGACUUUGUAAGGAAAAAAUCUAUUUGCUUAUGUGAGACAAGAAGCAGCUUCAUGAUGAAGGCUGUGGAGAAUUUCACCAGCAUUAAACACAUCAUUGUGGAUGAAGGACAGAACUUUCGAGUGGAGGAUGGUGACUGGUACAAGAAGGCUGAAAGGCUAAUGCAAGGAAAGCAUGGCUUUUUCUGGAUCUUUGUGGACUAUUUUCAGAGAAGUCACACAAGUACAAAUGGUCUGCCACCUCUAACUUCUCAAGAAAAAGCUUACCUUUCUGAAGUUGUACGCAAUUCCAAAGAAGUAUUUGAUGCUAUGUCAGAUCUAAUUGGCAGAAUUGCAGACAAAUCAAAAACUGAUGAAGCAAAACAUCUCCAAAAUAUGAGAGAGAGUAUAAAGCUGACCCAUGAUUUUAGAGGGGAGAUUGUCACUUUGACUAAACGCGAAUCAGUGGAGCCAGAAGUAGCCCGAAUUGUCAAGAGUCUUUUGCAAAAAGGGCACACUGCAAGGGAUAUUGCUGUUCUGUAUUCAACUUUAGAAAAUGUCAAUAAAAGAGGGUACAGAGUUACAUGGGAGGGGAUACCUGUCGUAUUUGGCACUGUAGGAGAGGUGGAUCAGAAUAAGAUUGUGUUAGACACCAUCCGCAGAUUCUCUGGCCUAGAGAGGAACAUUGUGAUUGUGGUUGACCCUGUUGUCCAUCCAUUCCAGAAUGAAAUUCAACUCAAUAUUCUUCUCAGUGCAUACUCCAGAGCAAGGAUCAGAUUGUAUAUAUUACACAGAUCCACCUAAAAGCCCUAAACCCUCUCCACUCCUAAAACGUGGUACAUAAGCAUUAAACAAUCAUGGAUUAAACAAGCAAAUUUUGCAAUGAUUCUUUGGCAGUUUUAAAGCUGCCAUGUUUUAAUUUUGUCUUUCUUCUGUGAUCUCUCGGUCUGUGUGUCUCUAUGAAACGGUUUGGGACAGCUUCAGGUGUAUGUGUGUCUGUAACCAUUUACAUAUCUAUGUAGAUCUAUGUUGGUCUAUUAAUUAUGAACACAAUGUAAAGGACAGCUGUUGUUUGCAAAUGGAGAUACAACUUUUUGUCCUGUUAGUGAUAUAUUGUUGAUGCUAUGUACGAUUUAUGAUGUAUUAUUAAGAUUAAAGUGACUGUCUUACAGAGUUCUAAGAACUUUGCUCUAAACCAAAAAGUGUGAGUUGAAUCACAGCUGUUAACAUACUCAUUUGCUGCAUUUUAUGGGGUACAAAGUUGCCUUUAGUUUGUAACUUCUGUAGUUUUUCAGAUCUAUGAUACAUUUGACCUUGGCAUCUGAAUUUCUGGUAUUAACAAAAAUUUUGAUUUAUGUGAUUUUUAUUGUAAGCUUUAUUCUAAAGGCAUUUCUUUUCUCCAUGGGUUUAUUUUGAAAUAAAGCAUUAAAUAAAUCAUUUCAAUUUCUGUUUCCAACUGGCAUGUUUAUGAUAUGUCCAAAGA